UGGCCACCCAGUGGCUGCACUGCCCUAAUGGAUCCUCUGAACCUGUCCUGGUAUGAUGAGGACGUAGGAGGCCAGAACUGGAGCCGGCCCCUCAAUGGGUCCGAGGGGAAGGAGGACGGGCCCCACUACAACUACUACGCCAUGCUGCUCACCCUACUCAUCUUCGUCAUCGUCUUCGGCAACGUGCUGGUGUGCAUGGCCGUGUCCCGUGAGAAGGCGCUGCAGACCACCACCAACUACCUGAUCGUCAGCCUGGCUGUGGCCGACCUCCUGGUCGCCACCCUGGUCAUGCCCUGGGUUGUCUACCUGGAGGUGGUAGGUGAGUGGAAAUUCAGCCGGAUUCACUGUGACAUCUUUGUCACUCUGGAUGUCAUGAUGUGCACAGCAAGCAUCCUGAACCUGUGUGCCAUCAGCAUUGACAGGUACACAGCUGUGGCCAUGCCCAUGCUCUACAACACACGCUACAGCUCCAAGCGCCGGGUCACCGUCAUGAUCGCCAUCGUCUGGGUCCUGUCCUUCACCAUCUCCUGCCCAAUGCUCUUCGGACUCAACAACACAGACCAGAACGAGUGCAUCAUCGCCAACCCUGCGUUCGUGGUCUACUCCUCCAUCGUCUCCUUCUACGUGCCCUUCAUCGUCACUCUGCUCGUCUACAUCAAGAUCUACGUCGUCCUCCGCAAGCGCCGCAAGAGGGUCAGCACCAAGCGCAGCAGCAGGGCUUUCCGGGCCAACCUGAAGGCCCCGCUCAAGGGCAGCUACCCUCACCCCGAGGACAGGAGACUCUGUGCCGUUAUCAUGAAGUCUAAUGGGAGUUUCCCAGUGAACAGGCGGAGAGUGGAUGCUGCCCGCCGUGCCCAGGAGCUGGAGCUAGAGAUGCUCUCCAGUACCAGCCCCCCCGAGAGGACCCGGUAUAGCCCCAUCCCACCCAGCCACCACCAGCUGACCCUCCCCGACUCGUCCCACCACGGCCUCCACACCACUCCCGACAGCCCCGCCAAGCCAGAGAAGAACGGGCACGCCAAAGACCACCCCAAGAUCGCCAAAAUCUUUGAGAUCCAGACCAUGCCCAACGGCAAAACCCGGACCUCUCUCAAGACCAUGAGCCGCAGGAAGCUCUCACAGCAGAAGGAGAAGAAAGCCACCCAGAUGCUGGCCAUUGUGCUGGGCGUGUUCAUCAUCUGCUGGCUGCCCUUCUUCAUCACCCACAUCCUGAACAUUCACUGUGACUGCAACAUCCCGCCAGUCCUCUACAGCGCCUUCACAUGGCUGGGCUAUGUCAACAGCGCUGUCAACCCCAUCAUCUACACCACCUUCAACAUUGAGUUCCGCAAGGCCUUCCUGAAGAUCCUGCACUGCUGACUGCUGCCCCUGCGCAUAGCAGCUGCCUCCCGCCCCCU